AUGCAUUCAAAGCUUCUACUUUUAGUUCCCAUUGUACUAGCGGGAGUUGAAUGCCUAUCAACAUACUCUAACACACGUGCACAACAACUAAACAACCCCGGCAAUUGGACGCUAGGCCUUCCAGCAUUUGACUCUCUUCUCCGCAGAGAUGACUCUCCAGAUUCUCAAGUAGACUACUGGGUUUUCACGGUCCGAAUUGGGCAUGGCGAAGACACAGAACUAGAUGAUAUUCGCAAAUACAUCCAAGCAGAAUUGGGAUCGGAUCGCAAGAAAACGAAGGAGAAAUGGGCGCGUAAUGUUACGGGUGGUAUUAUGUGGUUUUAUUUGAAGUGUAGCAAAGGAACUGCAGAGCACAUAGUGAAACAAUGGGAGAAAAGUAUCCAAAAUUUUAGCUCUGUCGAAGCCAGGAUCAAAGAAUUUGAAGCAAGUUUACUCAUAGACCCCACCAUCGAAACGCUAAAAGCAAAGAUGAACGGUGGAGAUAAAGACACCGACACCGACAAUGCAGACCCAAAACUACACAAGAGGUCAUAUCUACUGGAAGUAGACGGACAGCGACCAGAAACUUGCAUGAUUUCUAAGCACCCAAAUGCAGAAGACCCUGCACCAGACUCUCCAUGCACCUACGAAACGAAUUCUUCUCAGGGCCGCGGUGUCAUCGUGUAUGUUAUAGACAGUGGGUUUGAUAUACGCCAUACGGACUUCAAAGACACAAAUUGGGCCAAAGAUGACGAACACAUCUUCAUAGAUGGAGAUGACUCUAUGGAGAGCUUACGAAGCAUGAAACUUGUGCAAACGAGCCGACAGAAAAAUCCCUAUCAUGGCAGUCUAGUACUUAGCAAGCUCUUGGGCGCCAAGAAUGGUAUCGCUAAAUCAGUAACACCAGUCCUUGUAAAGUAUACGUCUGCCAGCGGAAAGCAUUAUCCGGGGUGGUAUGUAGAAUGUCUCGCGGAAGUGCUCCAAAGGAUCGAGAACAAUAUGAAGAAGAGUGAAGGGAGUGGCAUUCCAGGGGCCGGACAGUAUCUAAUUCUUAGUAAUCUUCAACUUCCCUUACCAGUGGGCACUUCGGAAAGAACACAGUUAGAUGAAGUCUUCAAAAAAUUGCGCGCACUAAACAACGUUGUUUACGUUUCCUCUGCGGGAAACGGCAAUCCACCGCCUGGUGGUCAGAGGCGUAGACCGACCCCAUGGAAGGAGCAGUAUCGGCAUGAUCCAAUACUAAAAUCGAUGGUUCCAAUGGGCUAUGGCUAUGACGAUGCUAAUUAUAACUUAAUAAUCGUCGGGGGUACUGACCAUACUGGUAGAAUAAUCUUUCAGACGGCACCAUUUGUCCGUGUCUCCGCUCCCGCAGAAAAUAUUGAGCUUGCUGUGGGCCAGGUAGGUUUUUUUCGAGGAGCGGGAUAUGAAUUGUCUCACGGGACUUCAGUAAGCUCCCCUGCAGUAGCUGGGGUUCUAGCUACCUAUAUUUCCGCAUACGGUGACACGGUGUUAGAAGCAAAAGAUAGACUCUACCGUCUCGCAUAUCCCCGCGCAGACAUUCAAGCGAUGCCCGAAGAUCAAAGGAAACUAUACCCGCCAGUAGUAUUUAAUAGUUUCGGUCGGGACCCAAACGCGGCUAAAGGCAAAGACAACGACUGCGCUGUUAACCAGCGUCGAAUUAUACGGAGAGCUAAUGGAACUGCUACCACUGUUCUCGAAGGCGGAGCCUGCCCGACACCAACCUCAAAAAAUACGAAGCAAGAGCAGCCGCAGGGAAAGUUUAGUCUCGAGCCCAAUGCGACCUUCUGCAAGGUUUGUAUGGAAGCAGGCGGCGAAGUUCCUGUAGGUGGAAUCAUUUGGAUACCUGAGGAUUGUCCCUGUCUGUGA